GCCUUUAUCAUUUUCUAUCAUUCUGUGGAAAAGACCAGUAGAAAAGAUGAAGUUAGUCUGGCUCAUCUGCACAGUGGCUGUUGCCAUCUCUGUAUGUUUGGCUUUCAACAUUGAUACGACAGCCACCCGCAUCUUUACUACAGAACAAAAAGAUUUCUUCCAAAACAAGGUGCUUCAGUUACUGUCUGACAAGAACAAUGGGACACUUGUCACUGCACCAGAGCAGCUAGGACCUGAAGAGACAUGCACAUCUGAUCUGAACCUGACCCACCGCUGCAUCAUUGUUCCAGAAAUUUCUCCCGCAGACAGCCCGAUACCCAUCAGGCACUUUGGACUGUCGAUAUCUGAGGACGCCAUGCGCUCUCAAAUCACUGUCUGCAGCCCAAGUGCAGUGCAUCCACACAGUGGGAACUCGUCUCUGAACAAAGUGUGUUACAAGAUGAAACUUGACCGUGGACCGUCCACCCAAGAACAAACAAAUAAGUCUGUGGAAGUAGUUUUUUUAUUUGAUGGAUCAGCAAGUAUGACUGAAGCAGAAUUCAACAAAAAUAAAGACUUCAUUGUGGAGAUAAUGGAGAGCCAUAGGGACACACCAGUAACGUUCGCAGCAGUUCAGUUCUCCAACACAGUCCACAAAGUGUUUGACUUCAACGACUAUGAAGACGGACGCGCUCUCGAAAAACUUAUGAAAGAAAAACAUUUAAAAAGUCUCACCAUGACACACAGAGCCCUCGAAUUUGUGCUAGAUGAAAUCUUUGACAACAAUGCUACAGGCGCCUCUCCUGAUGUUACCAAAGUUCUGGUUCUAAUCACAGACGGAGAUCCCUCUGAUACAGACAGGAAUGGGAUCAUUAAAAGAUACGACGAUAAAAAUAUAAUUCGUCUUGUCGUUGGGGUCAGAGCUGCCAGACUGGAUAAAUUCAGGGCCAUUGCUUCAGAGCCAAAACAUAGAAAUGCCUUCAAAAUUGAGGACUUUGAUGGACUCAUAGGAGUGCUGGAGAAUUUACAGGAAAAGAUAUUUACUGUGGAAGGUUGCACAGCUCCUCGGGCAGAAUUCAGUGGAUUCAGUGCUGUUUUCAAAAAGGUUUGCAGCACAACUGCAGUCAGCAACUGUUCCGACAACUCGUACCUGAAUAUUGUCUGUCACCAGAUCCCAAAUCUUCAACAAACCUCUGCUUCUGUUGGUGAAGAACGAACAAAUAAGUCUGUGGAAGUCGUUUUUUUAUUUGAUGGAUCAGCGAGUUUGGAUGAAAGAGAAUUCAACAAAAUUAAGGACUUCAUUGUGGAGAUAAUGGGCAGCCUUAGGGACAUGCCAGUAACGUUCGCAGCAGUUCAGUUCUCCAGAACAGUCCACAAAGUGUUUGACUUCAACGACUAUGCAGCUGGACGUGCUCUCGAUAAACUUAUGAAAGAAAAACAUUUAAAAAGUCUCACCAUGACACACAGAGCCCUCGAAUUUGUGCUAGAUGAAAUCUUUGACAACAAUGCUACAGGCGCCUCUCCUGAUGUUACCAAAGUUCUGGUUCUAAUCACAGAUGGAGAUCCCUCUGAUACAGACAGCAGAGGGAUCAUUAAAAGAUACGACGAUAAAAAUAUAAUUCGUCUUGUCGUUGGGGUCAAAGAUGCUAAGCUGGAUAAAUUCAGGGCCAUUGCUUCAGAACCAAAACAUAGAAAUGCCUUCAAAAUUGAGGACUAUGAUGUACUCACAGGAGUGCUGGAGAAUUUACAGGAAAAGAUAUUUACUGCGCAAGGUUGCACAGCUCCUCUGGCAGAAUUCAGUGGAUUCAGUGCUGUUUUCAAAAAGGUUUGCAGCACAACUGCAGUCAGCAACUGUUCCGACAACUCGUACCUGAAUAUUGUCUGUCACCAGAUCCCAAAUCUUCAACAAACCUCUUCUUCUGUUGUUGAAGAACGAACAAAUAAGUCUGUGGAAGCCGUUUUUUUAUUUGAUGGAUCAGCGAGUUUGGAUGAAAGAGAAUUCAACAAAAUUAAGGACUUCAUUGUGGAGAUAAUGGGCAGCCUUAGGGACACACCAGUAACGUUCGCAGCAGUUCAGUUCUCCAACACAGUCCACAAAGUGUUUGACUUCAACGACUAUGCAGCUGGACGUGCUCUCGAUAAACUUAUGAAAGAAAAACAUUUAAAAAGUCUCACCAUGACACACAGAGCCCUCGAAUUUGUGCUAGAUGAAAUCUUUGACAACAAUGCUACAGGCGCCUCUCCUGAUGUUACCAAAGUUCUGAUUCUAAUCACAGAUGGAGAUCCCUCUGAUACAGACAGCAGAGGGAUCAUUAAAAGAUAUGACGAUAAAAAUAUAAUUCGUCUUGUCGUUGGGGUCAAAGAUGCUAAGCUGGAUAAAUUCAGGGCCAUUGCUUCAGAACCAAAACAUAGAAAUGCCUUCAAAAUUGAGGACUAUGAUGUACUCACAGGAGUGCUGGAGAAUUUACAGGAAAAGAUAUUUACUGUGGAAGGUUGCACAGCUCCUCGGGCAGAAUUCAGUGGAUUCAGUGCUGUUUUCAGAAAGGAUAGCCUGAUCGUGGGUUCUGUGGGAUUGAACAGCUGGCGUAGUUUUCUCCGUAGACCUCAAGAACGAAUGCAGGGUUACCUGGGAAAUUCCAUUUCCAUUGGAAAGAAAAACGGUGUUCCUUUGUAUUUCACGGGUGCUCCAGAGUUUGAGCAAACAGGACAGGUCGUUUUCAGACACCACUGUGAACAAUGGACAGAACUUCAAAGAAUUCGUGGAGAACAGAUUGGUUCCUACUUCGGUGCUGAGCUGUGCUCAUUAGAUGUUGAUUCAGAUGGGAGCACUGACUUCCUGCUGGUAGGAGCUCCACAGUUUCAUCUGCCUCAGGUGAAGAAAGAAGGCCGGGUCUACAUCUACUCUGUGAGCGAUGAGACUGUACUGGAAAGUAACCAGGAUGUGACGGGACCAUCCAUGGGUAGAUUUGGCACCACCAUAUCCAGUCUUCCAGACCUGAAUGGAGAUGGACUCCGAGACGUAGCUGUCGGAGCUCCGCUUGAGGAUGAUAACAGAGGUGCCGUGUAUAUCUACCAUGGCAACAGGCAGAGAGGGAUAGUCAGCACUUUCAGCCAGAGAAUCAUGGGAAAAAAUAUAGACAACGGGCUGAAAUUCUUUGGAAGGGCCAUCUUCGGGGACGUCGGGGAGGAUGGGCUCCCGGGUGUUGUGGUUGAAUCACAUGGUGCAGCUGUUGUAUUCAGAUCCAAGCCGGUCUUCAACGUCUUGGCUCGUCUGUCUUUUCACCCUGAGAACCUCGACACCCUGAGUCCAGAUACAAAUGUAGCUUUGGUUAAAAUAACGGCAUGCUUUGCAAAGGUCGAAGCAACAAAGAGCAAAGCAGGGUCAGUGAGCUCAGCAUUGAACAUCACAUAUAUACUUAAUGUGAUGGGACAAGCAAGUCAAAGUAUGUUCAGUCAGACCCUGGAGCUGAGAGAUGAAAACACCUGCGUCAGCUACUCCAUCAACAGAGCAAACUAUGUGGCAGACACAUCAACACCUCUCAGGAUCAGACUUAACUUCCUUCAACCUGAUAGCGAGAGCGAGAGCGCCGUCCUGAGCGUGGACUCUGAAAGAGAGGCUGUCCUUGAGAUUCCCAUUUAAAAAUAAUGCAGAAGAAGUGAGAGCUGAACUGUUCAAGAACAUAUUUCUGAUCUUUAGCAAGUAAAAAACAUGCUCAGAAGAGUUAUUAUCAUGGAGUAAUUAUUAUCAUUAAUAAAAGACUUAUUAAUGAAAACAAUGAGAAAUUACUUUGUCUUUAAAUGUAAAACUUUUCAAUUCGUUCUUUCCUAAUUUUUAGUUCUUUAAUUUAGGUUCAGUUUUGUUUUAUUUACACCCCACAUAAUCAUAACAACAGUCACCUAAAGCCCAUAAAGACUCUGCACAAAAUAGAGAUAAAUGCAGAGAACACCCCAACAAUAAAAACUACCCCUCAUGAACAAGCACAUGGCAACAGCUGGAAGGAAAAACUCUCUUUCAGCAGGAAGAAACCUCCAGCACAACCAGGCUCAGGGAGGGGCAGCCAGCUGCUGUGACCAGCUGUGGGUGAGGAAAGGACAAAGGACGUGCUGUGGAAGAGAGCCAGAGAUUAAUAAUGACUCACAAUUAAAAGCUGAGAGGUGUGUAAACACACCGAGAGUGAGGAAGAAACAUCAUGAGAAGCCGUCAGCAGCCUGGGCCUUCGGUUAGCUAGAAUCUAAAGUUGUUUCACAGAGACACUCUGCUGAUGUGUUUAAACUUUUGUCUCGUCAAAUCCGAAAACAAUAAAAUAAAACAUAUCAAAGCCUUUCACAUCACACAGCGCUGUCAUUAAGCUCCUGGCCUGUUUCUAUGCAUCCUUAACAUUACUGUCAUCUUGUGGCCACAGUCAGCUACUGUGGCUGAAAAUCUGAACUCUAAAGCAUAAACAUGUCAGUUCCUGCCUCUCAAUAUAAAAAAAGGAAAAACUGUUUGUGCACGAAAUAAAAACUUACACUU